AUGUCAGAACACGAUCCUUCUUCAAAACGCCAGAGAAUUAACCAAGCCUGUGAUCAAUGCCGCAAGCGAAAGUCGAAAUGCGAUGGCGCCCAACCCACAUGCUCGACUUGCGAUAACCUUGGCAAGACUUGCACUUAUGGAACACCCGUGAAAAAGAGAGGGCUGCCCACUGGCUAUGUCAGAGGCAUCGAAGCCCUACUAGGGUUGCUCCAGCAACUCCUCCCCAACGGAGAGUAUACCCUAAGAAAGAUCUUGAGAGAGAAAAUUGCUGGUCGAAUGGUUGACAGCGAAUAUCUGGACAAUGCAUCGGACAUUUGGCGAUCUUCUGAAUUAGCGAAAGACUUCGAUCAAUUGCUGAGCUCUGUGGAUAACAACAUAGGGAGUAGGCUAACUUCAGAAACGAUCCGUCUUCCGGAACUGCGAACUGCGAAAACUCCAAUCUAUGGAGGACUGGGCGAAACCAACUUAUUCGAAAAUUUGCAGCAUUGUGCGGACCUCCCAUCUCCGAACUUUCCUGCAAAUAUCCAAGACAUAGUGGACUUUUAUUUUCAGACUACGCACUGUUGGUUCCCGAUUGUCGAGCGUCGCAUGAUCUUGAAGGCCCUCUACCGCGAUGAACCCGGCAAUGGUGCAGACCGUGACUCCGACAACUAUAAUCUUUGUUUAUGGGCAAUUGUGGGUUAUACAUCAUCCAUCGCGCCCGGGAAGACUCGAUUGGACGCCACUUCUCCGAAGAGCAUUCAGACCUAUGUCAGGUUCUGCUUGAUGAAAUGCGAGAACUCGUUAUCUAUCGGUAAUGUUCAAGCGCUUUGCAUACUAGCGCUCCUGAACAUUGCACUAGAGCAGUUCAACACUUCCAGACUACUACUUUUGCAAGCAUUUACUAUGCUGAUAGACGCCACUGUUGAAGAGAGGCAGAAAUCUGAACGAUAUUAUCAUACGCUACAUGGAUGUUUCUUUCUGGAUCAAAUAUUAUCAGCGUACCUAUCGACAACCUCUUUUUUCCCAAACACUUGGUAUCCGGCCAUUGGUCAUCUGGAUGAAAAUGCUUUGGAAGAGUGGGAGCUUUCUCCACCCGCCAAAGGUGCGGAGCGCCCUCUACUGAAUUUUGACCGACAACCUCUUCGCACUAUCAGCUCCUUCAACAUGAUCUGUGAGCUUGUGAGCAGGAUACCUCCUCGCGGCGAGAUUUCCGAGGUCUGGAAUAGCGAAUCCUCCCCUUUUGAUCCUGCAUCUCACUUACAACUUCAUCCUUUUAAUCAUCCUUGA